GGUGUAAAUCGGUGUGUCAUUCGCUUGUGAGGCCUCGAAGAAGUGUGAGCUGUCCGGUUGUGAGUGUGUCUGUGAUUGUGAGGCUUUUCUGUGAGGUGAAGAUGGAGUGCUGCGCCGUUCUGCCUGAGCUGUCGCUGGAGGAAGUGUUGGCGUAUUUUGAGAGCAUCGGGGCUCCGCUGGUCUUCGAGGUCCCCAUAUCGCGGAAACGAUGCUGGGUGCCUGAGCCCGAGAGCGACGCCAGCCAGCCCAAGAGGCGCUGCAACUCAGGCGCUGGCGUUCCGGCGGCGAAGUCGGCAGUGUCGGAGCCCAGGCCGGCGACCGGUGUGGUCAUGCGCCGGCCACGACUCCCCAAGCUGGGGUACCUCCAGGUUCGAGAGCUGCUGGGCAGCAUGGCCGCCCGUCUGGAGGCCAGCCAUGAGGAUGGACAAGAGGGCCUCGAGCCGAAGGAGAUGCUGCCGCUGAGGAACCGAGCGCUCAUUCACGCUACACAGCAGUGGUGCUUGAGAAAAUAUAAGACGGCUCUGCAGCGGGAGGAAGCUGUGCUGGGCCGGCUUCGGAAGUGAGGCCGUGACGG